GCCUGCCAGUGGUGGAGGAGCCGCUGCAGGUGUGGGCUGUGCUGGAGUUGGAAGUUUUGUCUCCUCCUCAUGCUUCAGGAGACAGAUUUGUGCUGCACUAUUCUCCUUCGCUGAAUGGGGCCCCCGACUGUUUGGUGCUGCUGCUGGACGUGCAGCGGGGGCUGCACCGGCUGCUGCUGCUGCAGCAGCAGCUCCUUCUGCUGCAAAGACAGCAGGUCUCCGCCAGCCAGCAGCAGCAGCAGCAGCAGCAGCAGCAGGAGCUGCAGGAGCAGCAGGCGGAGGAGACGGCCAGGAGGACUCCCAAGCGCCGCGUCAAGGACCAGCGCCGCGACGACAGAGACCACACGUACUACGGCAGUAGGCGGCGCCAGCAGCAGCAGCAGCAGCUGCAGCAGCAGGAGGACCUCUCUGGCUUCCCCACAGUCCAGGUCUGGAUGGAUGGCAAAUAUUAUCCUGCAUGCAUCCGCAGCGUGAAGCCCCCUGCGCCUUCGGCGACGGAGACGGCGCGCAGCCUGCUUGCUGCUGCUGCAGCAGCGGAGAGCGAGCAGCAGCACGGUCUGCAGCAGCAGCAGCAGCAGCAGCAGCAGCAGCUAAGGGCCGAACCCGUAAAGGGCUCCCAUGGCCCUGCAGAGCUCCGCCGCCUGGCCCUCGCGAGUGCGCUGUGGGCUGUUGUGGGUUCGGAGGCUUACCCGUUUUUUGUGACGGACGCAAUCCCUGUCAACAGCAGCAGCAGCAGCAGCAGCAGCAGCAGAGAGGCUGAGGGCGCCGCGUCUGCUGCUAGUGAUGCUGCAGCCUGGCGCUACGUAGCCUCCAUUGGCUUCGAGGCCCUGGAGGUUCAGUACCUACCUGAAGAGGGGGCCCCCGGGGGGCCUCCCGAAUGGCUGAGUCCGUGGGAAGUGGACUUUGCUCCGGGGCCCCUGCAUGCGGAGGAGCAGCAGCUGCAGCAGCUCCUGCAGCAGCACGAGUUCCCCAGGCAGAGGCAGCUGUGGCUCCUCCAGCAGCUCGAAACGCUCAUGGCCACUCCAGCGGACACCAGCAGCAGCAGCAGCAGCAGCAGCAGCAGCAGCAACAGCAGCAGCAGCAGCAUGGCUCCCGCGCUGCGCUACCAGCAGUGGCAACAACUGAGGAUGCAUCAGCAGCGGCAGAACUGUACCGAUAAGACACCAUGGAGCAGCAGCCAGCUCCGCUGA